AUGAACUUUCUUUCGUCAGCUUUUAGCUCGCUUACCGGGAAUUCGAUCCCGUACACGUUCAAGGAGAAAAUUGUGGACCCCAAACUGGGCAGCUUCCCAGAUUCCACGUCAGUGUGGACUAUCUACAAUGGGUUGAACAAGGCAAACAACGCACCCGUGGCCAUUUUCGAAUGUAGUUUAACGGAUCCAGUGAAUAUUUCUAAAGAUUUAGUUCUGCUUGCCAGAAAUUGCUUCCGCAAGAGCAAAAUGCUUAAAUUGCCAGGGAUCAUAUCUGUGGUGGACUUCAUUGAGAGUGAGAGCUACUUGUACAUCAUUACUGAGCCAGUGGUGCCCUUAAGCUCCUACUUACUGCAACUGGCAGGUUCUGGAUCUGACAGUAAGAUAUUCGGGGUCCAUUCUAUAGGGCUUGCUAUGCUGCUUGUCAAUCAAAGUCAAUACUUGCAUGGUAAGUUGAACUUGACCAAUUCGGUGUUCGUGACUAGGGCCGGGGACUGGAAGUUAUUUGGAUUGGAACUCUUGACCAACUUACAGUCUGAUCCAGACCAACCCAUUUACAGAUUGUCCAAAUUGGAGCCUGGGUUUGAUCUGUCACUACCUGAGGAUGUCAUUGGAAAUCUGGACUUGAUAAGGCAGUUUCCUUUGAAGUUAGACAGUUACAAAUUUGGUGUGUUCAUCUACAGCGUAUUCAAUCACAGCCAAAAAGGAAAUUCACCUAUCAACUACACCAAUUCAGAGCUCCAAAACAUGAAGAAUGUUCCAAAACAACUUGCCAGCUCGGCUAAGAAACUUGUUAAUCAGAAGUCAAGUCUUAGACCAACAGUUGAAAAAUUCAUGAAGGAUGCUGCCACUUACUUCGACCAAAACAAGUUGGUGCUAUUCAACCACGAAUUGGAGGAGCUCAAGUUUAAGAAUGACAAUGACAAGCUAUCUUUUUUCAAGCAUGAAUUGGGUGCUUUUACUGGUAAUGAUAACCUGGAGGAAGAGGACGAUUUAUUCCCUUCAGGAUUCCUUGAAUUUAAACUCCUUCCUGAGCUUAUUUCUCAAUAUCAGAACAUUUUCAAAGCCAAACCAUCUGUGAACACUACUCCUGAAGAACAUGCUCAACGUCAAGAGACUAUAUCUGUGCUCUUAAAUUAUAUAUUGACAUUUGGAGCAAAUCUUGAAGAGGCGACAUUUUCCUCCCAAAUUAAGCCAGUCAUAUUACAAGCCUUUUCUCUUCCAGAUAGGUCAAUUAGAUUGUCAUUAUUGAAUCACUUGAAUAACUAUAUCAAGUAUUUAACUGAGUCUGACAUUCAAAAUAAAAUCUUCUAUAAUUUAUUGACUGGGUUCCAAGAUACAAACUAUAUGAUUAGAGAAACAACCCUUAAGUCGAUAACCACUGUCAUUGAUAAAGUAUCGGUAAAGCAGGUUAACCAAGACCUUUUGAAAGUGCUAGCCAAGUCACAAAUGGACCCCAAGCCAUCUAUUAGAACCAAUACUUUAGUUUUGAUUAUCAAAAUUUCGAGUAAAAUCUAUAAUACUUCUAAGAAUAAUGUGUUAAUUACUGCACUUUCAAAAUCGCUUAAGGACUCUUUUGUUCCUUGUAAAAUGAUGGCACUUUCGGGGUUUGAAAGCUUAAUAAAGGAGUUUUCGUUGAAUGAAAUAUGUGGGAAGAUAUUGGGCCAUUUAGCAAUCGCCUUGAUGGAUGAACAUUCUCAUAAAGUCAGAACUGAGGCCAGGAGAGUAUUUGACUUGUACUUACAAAGCGUUGAAGAACAUGCCUCGAGUUUACCCCAAGAUGACGUUGAUGAAGAGGAGGAAGAAAAGAUUUUUUUCGCUAAGCAUGCUCCGGUUACAUCUACUUCUUCGGAAUCCGUUACAGAAUCAUCCAGUAACGACUACUCCAUUGGAAUUGGUGGGUUCAGAUUAGGUCUUACAAAAAUGAAUCCAAAGGGAACAUUGAAUAAUGAUUUCAACGUUUCCACGCCAGAUUUAACUAGAGUAGGUACCCCAACCUUGGAAACUCCGAAUUUCAACACAAAUCAGAGUACCAAUGUCGAUACGUGGAAUGAUUUUGAUGUAGAUGAAUCCUGGGGAGGUGAGGAUGUUGUUGAUGAGGUCGUUGAUGAUACCCCAAAGAAGCCAGCUACAAUUAAUACUUCAACAAGGGCACCUAGAAAAUCAAGCGGCUUGAAACUUGGUAAGAAAACCGCUGCAGCUAAGCCAAAAUCUGCAUUGAAAUUAAAUUUGAAGGUAGAAGACGAUGACGACAAUUGGGGUGGUGAUUGGUAA